AUGGGUGAGUAUAAAGAGGCGCAUGAUUAUUACAAUAAAUGUCUUGCGGUGAGAAAGGAGAUGCUUGGUCCCAAACACCCUGAUACUGCCACCUCCUACAACAAUAUUGGAAAGGUAAUGCAGGCCAUGGGUGAGUAUAAAGAGGCUCGUGAUUAUUACAAUAAAGGCCUUGCAGUGCGAAAAGAGACAUUAGGUCCCAAACACCCUGAUACUGCCACCACAUUAAACGAUAUAGGAAGUGUGCUGCAGGGCAUGGGUGAGUAUAAAGAGGCGCAUGAUUAUUACAAAAGAUGUCUUGCGGUAAGAGAGGAGAUGCUUGGUCCUAAACACCCUGAUACUGCCACCACAUACAACAAUAUUGGUAGUGUACUGCAGGACAUGGGUGAAUAUAAAAAGGCGCGUGGUUAUUACUAUAAAUGUCUUGCAGUGAAGGAGGAAAUGCUCGGUCCCAAACACCCUGAUACUGCUACUUCCUACAACAAUAUCGGUCUUGUACUGCAUUACAUGGGUGGGUAUAAAGAGGCACUUAAUUAUUUUAAUAAAUGUCUUGCCGUGAGAGAGGAGAUGCUUGGUCCUAAACACCCUGAUACUGCCACCACAUACAACAAUAUUGGUGGUGUACUGCAGGACAUGGGUGAGUAUAAAGAGGCACUUGAUUAUUACCAUAAAUGUCUUGCAAUGAAGGAGGAAAUGCUCGGUCCCAAACACCCUGAUACUGCCACCUCCUACAACAAUAUUGGCAGUGUGCUGCAGGACAUGGGUGAAUAUAAAGAGGCACUAGAUAAUUACAAUAAAUGUCUUGCAGUGAGAGAGGAGAUACUUGGUCCCAGUCACCCUGUUACUGUCAGAACAAUCCAAAGUAUCGAUCAGGUAUCGAAAAAGUACCUUGGGAAGUAA